UUAACAAUGAAUUUCCUAUAUGAGAAUAUGAGAACUGGGACAUGGGAACGGACAUCGUGAAAGAAGUUCAAUAUAGAUAAAGUGGCCGCGGCUUGUAGAAUCUUGAUAGUUGAGUACCUAGGUAUAUUGCUCGCAGAUAGAUUUGCUGGCGUUCGCUUUUACAGCCCAUCCGCGAUGAACGUCACCCAAUACGACCUUGAGCUGGGUCCGUCUUAUUCUACAUACUUUGAUACAUUCCGUUCACGCCACUAGGUAAUUUCGACAUACCCAGACCUUUUGCUUCUCUUACCACUGUUAAAUAUGCCCUUUUCUUUCCCUUUACCUGGCAGCUAGCCUUUCUUCGUCAAGAUGAGCGAAUCACUCGCGGUCGUACAGAGCCCAUCAGAAACAUUGACGACCUCAGUUACAACCCCAACAGUCCCGACAACGACGACGCCGUCGAUCUCGGUUCUCACGCUCACAGUGAAGCCUCUGACAACGACGUUCACUCCGCCGUCAUCAUGUGGGGAUAUGCACCUCACCCAGUUAUCUUCUCCAGGCUAUCAGCUCUGGUUGAACGAGCCCCAGCCAGUACCUGGCUCUAAGUUUGGGGAUUGCUACCCAUCUGGUUUCAUAGACGGGUAUACAAGCGUAUUCAACUCGUCGAGCUCUUUGGCCCCGUUGUUCUCUCCUCUCGUCUGUCCCGAAGGUUGGACCGUAGCAAAGACUUGGACGAAUGGAUAUAUUGCUUGCUGCGCUUAUGGCUUUUUUCUCCACACCCCAGAUACGACGGUAGACCCUGAUCGGCCCGCGUACGGUGGUACUUGUUACAGUAAUUUCCAGGUUGGCCAGACCGUCAAAGUGACUGGAUACAAUAGCGCAAGUGUCACGGCUACGGCCGAAUGGGUAGCUUCUGCGACGAAUGACCAAGCUUAUGCACACCCUAUCGAUGGAUUCCAAGCAGGAUCAGAUGGUAACUCACCCUCCACAAGACUCUCUGGGGUAACCAUUGCGGGCAUCGUAGUUGGUAGCGUGGUAGGUAUGAUUAUCAUAUUGCUCGCCUUGUUAUUUCCACUCCAAAGAUACCGUCGAAAGAAAACUCAGCAGCAGCCAAAUGAUUUCCAUCAGUUCCAACAGUUCCAACAGUUCCAACAACAGGCGAACCAGCAAUGGCAAUUGUCCAAGGAACUACAAUCGCCAAAUGAUUCUGCGGGUGGAACACUUUAUGAUGUGAGUCCUCAUUCGUACGCAAAUGACCAGCGGUACGAACUAGGCGUCCAGGAAACUCACGAAUUAGACUCGGGGUUCGUGGGACGAGAACUCGAAGGUGGGAAAAAACCGAGGCGCGAAGCAAAUAGGGCUGGGCGGUGAAACUAGGUGAGAUAGGUACCUAGUAUGGCAUAUGGAUUCAAGAUGGUAAACUGUAUAUGGGGUCUAUGAGGUUAUCUAGGUACCUAUAUAUAAUAUACAGAUAUGGUCUCUGGUGAGGGUAUAUGUGCCCUAUAUAUAUCCAAGGCUUUAAAACGAUGUUAUAAACCAAAACCUUUCCAGUCCAGUUAGGUACAUACAUGCCUAGGUAGGUAGGUAUGUAUAAGUAGGUAGUAUCCACAAAAUUCC